AUGGAACCUUCAUCAGUGAAUAUAAAUAAUCAGUCUGUGGUAUGGAAGAAUUUAUAUGGUGAUAUGAUAAAAUCUGUUACGAAGCCCCAGUUUAAAACAGGCGAUACGGUGCGUAUUAGUAAGCUGAAAAGACCUUUUGAGAAGGGUUACGAAAAAAAUAAUUGGACUCGAGAAAUAUUUACAAUUCAUCGAAUGAUCCCCCGAAAACCUGUAGUUUAUAAAUUAAGAGAUUUAGCUGGAGAAGUGAUUGAAGGUAGUUUUUAUGAAAAUGAACUACAAAAAGUAUCUGAUUCGGGAUUUUAUCCGGUAGAAAAAAAAUAUUAA